GCUGACCCAAGGUGAGGACGGGCACGUGCUCCUCUCUGCGUCUCCGUCGCCCAGCUCAGUGCCUGCACACACCGUUCCACGGACGCUGGGUUCCCCGACAAGAUGGCAGCCAAGCAGCCUCCCCCUCUCAUGAAGAAGCACAGCCAGACGGACCUUGUGAGCCGCCUGAAGACCCGCAAGAUCCUGGGCGUGGGCGGGGAGGACGACGACGGGGAGAUCCACCGCUCCAAGAUCAGCCAGGUCUUGGGCAAUGAAAUCAAGUUUACUGUUCGGGAACCUCUGGGGCUGAGGCUGUGGCAGCUUGUUUCCGCCGUGCUCUUCUCCGGCAUUGCCAUCAUGGCUCUCGCCUUCCCCCACCAGCUCUAUGACGCCGUCUUCGAUGGAGCCCAGGUGACCAGCAAGACCCCCAUCCGCCUCUAUGGUGGCGCCCUCCUCAGCAUCUCCCUGAUCAUGUGGAACGCGCUCUACACGGCGGAGAAGGUCAUCAUCCGGUGGACUCUGCUCACCGAAGCCUGCUACUUCGGGGUACAGUUCUUGGUGGUCACUGCCACGCUGGCCGAGACGGGCCUCGUGUCCACGGGGACCCUGCUGCUCCUGGCGAGCCGCCUCCUUUUCGUCGCCAUCAGCAUUUACUACUAUUACCAAGUUGGCCGGAAACCCAAGAAAGUCUAGCCUCCCGCCGGGCCGGGGCCCCUCUGCGCAGGGAGGCCCUGGGGCCUCAGUUUCCCUUUUGUUCUUGGACGCCCGGAAGG